CGUGAUCCCUUCACCUGUCUGCCCAACAACCUGUUUGUCUUGCUCAACUGACGCCCUGGACGAAUCCGCGUCGCGUGCGCAGGAACUGGUUUCGCAGAGCAGACGUCCUCAGGAGACCACAAGUGUCUCUGCGUGUGCUGUGAUUUUGUUUGCUUGUGUAAAGCUUUUGGAUGUUUUGUUUUUGAAGUUUUUCUAAACCCGCGAACUCGCAGCUCGGCGAGGAGGCACCUGUGCGUCGCCGAACAAGGAAGUCCAGUGAACCCGACGUCGACGACGCCUUGUCGGUGCAUGGCAGCGGUCGACUGGAACUAAGAACACCUCUCCUCCAUGUUGGACCCGUGCGACGUUGGCUCGCGACAACCCUGGACGGUUCGUGGUGCGGAAUAAAGCUGCUUCCUCCCCCCGGAAACAAGAUGAACAUCUCUUUGGAAGACGUGGCCUUGUCGGCCGACAACGGCUCCAUCGUCCGCCUGCCCUCGCCGCUUCUCCCGGAGAAGGCGGACAUCUCCAACUUGACCGUCAUUCAAACCAGCAACGGUUCAAUAAUCGUGGACCAUAUGUUUUUGAACACCAUGAGCGCCCAGGCCCUCUCGGGGAUAUUCGUCUGGUCCGCCCUGCUCAUAACGUUCCACCAGAUCUAUACACACCUUCGAUCCUACACCGUCCCCAAUGAGCAGCGCUACAUCAUCCGCAUCUUGUUAAUCGUGCCGGUUUACGCUUUUGAUUCUUGGCUCAGCCUGCUCUUCAUCGGCAACGACCAGUACUACGUGUACUUUGAUUCCGUUCGAGACUGUUACGAAGCUUUUGUCAUUUACAAUUUCCUGAGCCUGUCCUUUGAGUAUCUGGGUGGAGAGAGUGCAAUCAUGUCCGAGAUCCGGGGGAAGCCCAUACAGUCAAGUUGUCUUUAUGGAACCUGCUGCCUCGGUGGUAUAAGCUACUCCAUCGGCUUCUUAAGAUUCUGCAAACAGGCGACUCUCCAGUUCUGCGUUGUCAAGCCCAUCAUGGCAGUCAUCACCAUCAUCCUGCAGGCCUUUGGCAAAUACCAUGACGGCGAUUUUAAUGUGAACGGAGGAUACCUAUAUAUCACGAUCAUCUACAACUUCUCCGUCAGCCUGUCCCUCUACGCCCUCUUCCUCUUCUUCUUCGCGACGAGUGACCUGCUCAGGCCGUACGAGCCGGUGCUCAAAUUCCUCACAAUUAAAUCUGUCAUCUUCUUAUCCUUCUGGCAAGGAAUGGUCCUCGCCAUCCUGGAACGCUGUGGCGUCAUCCCCCUCGCGCUCUUCAUCAACGGACAGGAGGUCGGCGCCGGCACCGUGGCGGCUGGCUGGCAGAAUUUCAUCACCUGCAUUGAAAUGUUCUUCGCCGCCAUCGCCCUCCGAUACGCCUUCACCUGCACCGUCUACCAGGAGAAAAAAAAUGAUGUGCCAGCAGAUAACAUCCCCCCGAUGCAGAGCAUCUCCAGCGGCCUGAAGGAGACCAUAAACCCCGGGGACAUGGUGCAGGAUGCCAUCCACAACUUCUCCCCAGCCUACCAGCAGUACACGCAGCAGUCCACACAGGAGGUGGUCCAGCCCAGCUCCAACGGGAAAGCGGUCGCAGGCAACAAGGGCGCCCGCAAGUCCGACAAAAUCAUGCUGAUUACCUCUGAUGAUGAGUUCUAGGAAUUUUCCCUAGCGACAUCCAGGUGUCUGUGUCCUUGCCACUCCCUGUCUCCGAACCCCCUGGGGAGACAGCUGCAUCACAUAUUGCACAGAGCUGGAUUGAAUCCAGGUGUUUAAUUUUCAUCCCCCCCCCCCCCCUCCGAGUAUUUAAGAUGGACUGCUUACUUCUGUCGUGUCUCUAUGAAUAAUUCAAGCACCAAGAGGAGGAGGAAAUUUGGUAAAAAGGUUUUAAAAUUAGCUCAAUGACCAGAGAACUGAUAGGCUGUAAUAAUCACAGGAGGACAACACGUCACCUCACCUUCUCCAUGUGGGAAGCGGGGAAGCCUGGCGAUGGCGGGGAAUUACACUUGGACUCUCUGGCAAUGUGCUUGUUUGAAGUAUUCGCUGAACAUUCCUCCGCCUGGCUUCCCGGACAGAUGGGAGGAAUCGUUCAAAGACGCGAAUUCGUUCCGGAGCAGGCGUCUCGAACCGCAGACGUGGACAAAUUGGACAAACCUGUCUCCUACAAAGUGGGAGUUUUGUAUUAUUCUCAUUAAUUUUCCCAGCAUGCUAAAGAGUGUAAUUAACUGCAACUAGACAACGGCUCACAAACGUCAACAAUUAGUCUUUUUGCAGCUUCUGCACUUUUAUAAAUGAGAGCUUUUUUUGAGUUUGCCCAAACAUCUAUUCAUGUUAUGACUCAAUCUUGCAGGGAUGAUAAAAUAUGUACAGAAUUUUUUGAUUGUUGUAAAUUGUGGUGUUUAUUAUGUUUUAUUUGUGUGUAUUUAACGUGUGCAAGUCGAACGAAACCAAAAUCUGUGUGGGGUGAGCAGAUACUCAAACUACAAUCUGUGCUUUAAGCAACUUUCUCUCCCAUUUUCUUUUCCAUGUAGAAUUUGUUAUAUUUGGCACAUACACAUAUAUUGUAGCUUUCUAAGUGCAGUCGUUAUUGAAGACUGUUUUUUUAAAGCAAGUCUUAGGUUGUUGAAUUUUGAUACUCUUGUGCCAAUGAUGGCUGCCUUUCUGGGAAAGCAGAAAGAAUUUACAUUUUACGCAAAAUGUAAAAAAAAAUAAUAUUGAUGACCGUCUGUUUGGCACUUCAUGCUAAAUAAAUUGUUUUUUUUCUUCUUCUGUAA